AUGGCUUCCCCUUCUUCCGACCUUCACUUUAUCUUGUUCCCUCUAAUGGCCCAAGGCCAUAUGAUACCCAUGGUGGACAUUGCCCGAAUGCUAGCCCAACGCGGUGUUCUUGUCACUAUAAUCACAACUCCACUUAACGCCAACCGUUAUAAAUCAGUCACUGAUCGUGCAAUCAAAGCUAACCUCAAGAUUCAAGUACUUGAACUCCAACUCCCUUUAUCUGAAGUUGGAUUGCCUGAAGGGUGCGAGAGUUUUGACUUGAUUCCAUCAACUGCACUAGUGCUCAAGUUUUUUGACGCCAUUGCCAUGUUAGAAGAACCAACUGAAAGAUUGCUCCGGCGUUUAACUCCUGCUCCAAGUUGCAUCAUCUCAGAUAGUGGUUUACCAUGGACGACAGGUCUGGCUAAGAGGUUAAAUAUUCCUAGGCUUGUUUUCUAUGGACCAGGAUGCUACACGUAUCUAUGCAUACACAUAGUAGCGAAUACUAGAAUACUUGAUGAAAUCAAAUCCGACUCUGAGUACUUUGUGCUGCCCGGUUUGCCUGACCGGAUCGAAGUUACCAAACCCCAGGCUUCUGAUUGGCCAAAAAGAGACUCAAAAGAAAGAUUGGAGAUGUUUGAACGUAUAGAAGAAGCUGGGAAAGCUGCAUAUGGGAUUGUCGUGAAUAGCUUCGAUGAGUUAGAGCCCAAGUAUGUUGAAGAAUUCGCAAAGGCAAAAGAUAAAAAGGUGUGGUGUAUUGGACCGGUUUCAUUAUGUAACAGAAGUUUCCUAGAUGUAGCCGAAAGAGGUAGCAAGGCUUCCAUUAACGAACAUGAUUGCUUGAAGUGGCUAGAUUUAAGAGAACCAGGUUCUGUAGUCUACGUUUGCUUAGGGAGUCUAUCGUAUGCCUGCACAGAACAAGUCAUUGAGCUUGGAUUGGGAUUAGAGUUAUCGAACAAACCGUUUAUUUGGUUCAUUAGAGAGACAAGUGAUGAACUAAAGAGAUGGCUCUUGGAAGAAGCAUAUGAAGAAAGGAUCAAAGAUAGAGGUUUAAUGGUGUUUGGUUGGGCACCACAAAUCUUGAUACUCUCACAUGCAGCAAUCGGGGGUUUCAUAACGCAUUGUGGGUGGAACUCGACUCUAGAAGGGAUCUCUAAUGGGAUUCCAAUGGUUACAUGGCCCCAUUUUGCUGACCAAUUCCUAAAUGAACGAUUUAUCACAGACGUGUUGAAGAUUGGAGUGAGAAUUGGUGCGGAGGUUCCUGUUUCUUUUGGGGAGAGAGAUAACUUGAAAGUGAUGGUUAAGAGGGAAGAUGUGAAGAUAGCUGUGGAAGGUUUAAUGAAUGAUGAUGAAGAAGGAAAGGCAAGAAGAAAGAGAGCUAAAGAGCUUGGGGAAAUGUCAAAGAGAGCAAUGGAGGAAGGGGGUUCGUCUCACAAGAAUAUGACGUCGAUGAUUCAAGCAAUUACUGAAGAAGUAGCCAAGAACAAUAAACCGGUUCAAGCCUUGUAA